AGCAGCAGCAGCAGCGACGCCAACAGCGACGUCAGCAGCGACGCGGUGCGAAAUCGGUGUGAAUUUUUCUAUAAACUCGGGCCCGCCCUUAUGCUGGCCAACAUUCGCGCUUGUGAUACCGAGCAUAAGGCCGCAAUGCGAGCAGAAAGCUGCCAAACCAAAGUCUGACCUUCACACACCGUCGAAAUUUCGCACAACUCUUGCCACAGCUUGCCUACAAAUAACAAACACGGCAGCAAACAAACAACGAAACAAACAACCCAACAAACAAACAACAAUCAACUAAAAGCCAGCAGCAAUCGACACAAAAGUUCCUAAAUCAAAGUCACAUUUUGUGCGCGCACACAAGUUCCUAAGUAGCUGAAAAGCCAGAGAGACAAUUGCAACAGCAUCAGCAAACAACAAGCAACAUCAGCAAACAACAAGCAACAUGACAGCACUGGGAUUAGUUUUGCUAUCCAUGAUGGGCUAUAGCCAGCCCGCUGUGAAUCUGGGCGAAUCUGGAGUGGCCAACGCUCGACUCCUGUCCCGCUCCGACUGGGGUGCCCGGCUGCCCAAAUCCGUGGAGCACUUCCAGGGUCCCGCCCCCUACGUGAUCAUCCACCACUCAUAUAUGCCCGGCGUUUGCUAUACCACGCCGGACUGCAUGAAGAGCAUGCGCGACAUGCAGGACUUCCACCAACUGGAGCGCGGCUGGAACGAUAUCGGCUAUAGCUUUGGAAUCGGCGGCGAUGGGAUGAUCUACACCGGAAGGGGAUUCAACGUUAUUGGAGCUCAUGCCCCCAAGUACAAUGACAAGAGCGUGGGCAUCGUGCUGAUCGGAGAUUGGAGAACUGAACUGCCUCCCAAACAGAUGCUGGAUGCGGCCAAGAACCUAAUCGCCUUUGGGGUCUUCAAGGGUUACAUUGACCCCGCCUACAAGCUGCUGGGCCACAGACAGGUGCGGGACACCGAGUGUCCCGGGGACAGGCUGUUCGCUGAGAUCACCGGUUGGCCGCAUUUCACCCUCCUAAACGGCACCGAGACCACCACUUCGGCACCCGUGGAACCCCACGUCCAUCCACAGCCGGUGGCGCCCCAAUCCCCGCCAGCUGCGCCCAAGGUCUAGGCUAGGGGUCUGGGGAACUCAUCCCUCGCAACAGCAGUUUAAGAGAAGCCACAACGAGCUCGGCUCCCCGCACAACGCCAAGGAGUUCAUUCAGUAUUCAUUAGAUGUCUCUUCGAACAUUUCACAAAUAAAGCAAUUUCUAGAUGAUAACACUUAAA